AUGAAUGAACCAGUGUUAAUUAGUAUUGAAAUACCAGAUAAUAUACAAAUAAUCAAUGGAAAGAAUAUUUUCAAGAAAGAUAUUAAUGAAUUUAUUAUUCCAUCUUCAAUUACUAAAUUAGAUGAUUGGUGUUUUAGUAAUUGUUCAUCAUUAAAAUCAAUUAAUAUACCAUCUUCAAUUAAUGAAUUAGGAGAUUGGUGUUUUUAUAAUUGUUAUGAAUUAAUAUCAAUUAAUAUACCAUCUUCAAUUAAUGAAUUAGGAAAUAAAUGUUUUUGUAGAUGUUCAUCAUUAACAUCAAUUAAUAUACCAUCAUCAAUUAAUGAAUUAGGAAAUUAUUGUUUUUAUGAAUGUUCAUCAUUAAUAUCAAUUAAUAUACCAUCACCAAUUAUUAAAAUAGGAGAUGAAUGUUUUUAUGGAUGUACAUCACUAACAUCAAUUAAUAUACCAUCUUCAAUUAAUAAAUUAGGAAAUGAAUGUUUUAAAUAUUGUACAUCAUUAACAUUAAUUAAUAUUCCAUCAUCAAUUACUUUAUUUGGACGUGGAUGUUUUUAUAAAUGUGGAUGUGAAGAAAUAUUAAAGAUGAAUAAAAGAAUACCAAGAGAAUGCUUUGAUAGAGGGUGGUAA